AAAUCUCUAAGUUUGACUUUCCUGCCUGAGUAUAGUCUGAGUUCCUUCUUAUGUCAACUCUACUUAAAUUAACCUUCAUAAAACAAACAACUGUGCAUCACCUUGAUGUUAACAAAGCAAAAUAAGCUUCCAAACCAUAAUCACCAUAAAUGUGUGAAAUUUAACAAGUAAAAAUAAACAAUUUGUUUGUUUGGUGGUGUUUUCUUUGCGGUUUAUGUCUGCUCCUAAUUUGUAAUUUCAUUUAAGUAAUAAUAUUUCAAAUACAAAGGUGAUUUAGUAAUUUAUUUUGCAUUCCCAGACUUUUGAUUUUGACCAUAUGAAGAGUUUAUACACAAUGUUGAUCAUGAUGAUUAAUUUUAACAAGGUAUUUUCUGAAUUGGCAAAGGAAGGGAACACACCAAAGCAGCAGAGAAGAAGAGCAGAGAAAUACAAACUGUCUACUUUUUAACAGCAAACAAGACUUAUUCAAACCGGUUUAGGUGAAAAUGGAGUUUGUUCACUCUGAGUUCAGAGAAAGUCAUGUUUUCACCCAACCUGCUUUAUAGAAUAUCUCCUCUUUGAGAUUAAUAUCAGGUUUUAAAAUGGGUUUGAAUGUUACUGAGCUAGCCUGUUAGCUUAGCACAUUUAGCUGAGAUGGUGAUUCUGAAUGUAAACAUGCAGCAUUCCGGAACAAAGCAGACUAGAAUGACAUCAUCACUGCCAUUGGGCCUUUGAUCUCUGCAGUAACUGCAGCUCACCAGACAGUUCAACUUCAGACCUUCUACAAAUAACACACCAUUGUGAGGAGAGUAGGUCACACAACUAAUACAGACGAUAACUAACAACAGACAAUAACUAAUAACUAAUAAAUCUGUUUAUAGAGAUACUAGAGUGUUCAAGAACAAACUGAUUCUACCAGCUAAAAAAUGAAGAGAGUUCAACUAACAAGACCCUUCCUACGUACAUUUCCCACAAACCAGGACAACAUGAACUGCGAAGCACUUCAUGAAGCGCACAACACUGAAAACAGGUCUCACGCUGACAUGGUCCACCUGGUCGACACCCCAAAGGCGGACAAAGAUGCCCUUCAGCGUGAGCUAGAGACUGUAAAGCUCGCUCAUGCAAACAGGAUGGAGCAAGAUUUAAAGCUGAUCAACACCUUGAUGACUGAGAAAAACGCCCUUCAGUAUGAGCUAGAGGAAGAAAAACAUGCUCAUGAAGACAGGGUGGAGCAAGAUUUAAAGCUGAUCAACACCUUGAAGACUUGUAUCAAAAUAAUGCAGGAAGAAGCUGAUGGUAAGACCACGUCCUAUAACAGAGAUCUGGUGGACCUGAAACAACAGCUGAAUGUCAUGAUCUCUGAAAAGAGCGCUCAUAAACACAAGGCAGAGCAACAUCUAAAGCUGGCUGACACCCUGAGGACCGAGACAGACACCCUGAGGGCAGAGAAAGACACCCUGAGGGCAGAGAAAGACACCCUGAGGGCAGAGAAAGACACCCUGAGGACCGAGACAGACACCCUUCGUAAUGAGAUGGCACAAGAGAUCACUAGAAUACAGGAAGAAGCUGAUCAUAAGGCCAUGCUCUAUCAGACAGAGCUGGAGGAGCUGAGAAAUCAGCUCAAUCAGCUCAAUGCUGAGAAACUCUCCAGCUGUGAACAGCCUGAGAACCCUGAGGAACAGCAUGGCUCACCAUGUGAGGACCAGGAGCCCCUCCCUAGUGCCCUCCAUGAUCAAGAAGCCACAGAGAACGCUGUGGUCUCUGGAAAGGUCGUCACAAACACGACAAAACAGAAAUCAUUCUGGAAAAGAUUUCGCCACUUUCUGGGGCUGAGGAAACCACAGAAGUGGAAGAAAUAAACCAAACCUCUUUCACAGCAGACAUUUAAAUUGGAAUAAUCUGACGUCAAACGGCUGCUGUGAAAACUUUCUAAACAAAUGAAUCAAUUAGGCCAGACAUUUCACUAAAUUACAUGACAGGGCUGUCAGACAUGUAGCAACAGUCAUGUAAUUUAGUAAAGAAAAAUUAAUCAGGGCGGCACAGUGGCGCAGUGGUUAGCGCCGUCGCCUCACAGCAAGAAGGUUCCGUGUUCGUUUCUGUGUGGAGUUUGCAUG